AUGGUUAACACUUCGACUUUUUUUCAACAUUUUAAACAGUCAAGAUUCGAGUAUGAUGAUUAUCAUAUAGGUGUCAAUAGGGCCUCGUAUGGAAAUCCGCCUUCCUAUUGUUUUACCAGCAAUGUAACAUUUGUAAUCAGUUACAAGAUGUCCCUAACCUGUAGAAUAGAAUUGGCUGUAACAAUAGCAGUGGUUAUUGUCAGUUGUGUUUGUGGAAUGAAAAUUGAUUUUACCAGAUUAUCACAUCAUAAACGCUCAUAUUAUAUUCCACAGAAACGGGGCUCAGAAUGUUCAGGUAACCCUUGUCCCGUAGAUAAACCAUUUUUAUGUAAAACAUCAUCUACAUGUAUUGCUCUGAAAUAUGUUUGUGAUAACACGUUUGAUUGUGAAGAUGGUUUUGACGAAGAAAAAGCUUUGUGCACUGCAGUAUCCAGACCACCGAUUGAACAAUUAUUCAAUUUUCUAACAGCAGAACAGGAUUGGAUUAUACCCAAACUAUUUGGUGGAGUUGAACCUGAGUUUGCUGCCCAUGGAUUAGCUGUUGCCAGCGAUAUUGAUGAUUUGAGCAUGACCCUCGGACUUUCCCCACAAAAUGUGAAGAAUCUACAUAAAGCAUUCCAAGCGGCUAUGGAAGGUGAUGAGCGUCCCCUGUUGGCUAUGAACAUGCCUGAAAGGUCCUGGCAUGAAGUACAGUACAUGCUUCAACAGCUACUAGACAGCGGUUUUAAGCUCUGA